GAGUAAAUCUAAAUGUGAGUUUAGUUUACGUGAGGAAACCAGUGCAGUGUUUUGGUGUGAGUCUGGAUCAGGAGAAAUGAGCAAUGCCGUCAACAUCUCAGUCCACAGGGACAUCAUCCUUAUGAGCCCAGUGAGUGCAGUGACUGAGGGACAGUCUGUGUCUCUCAGCUGUAAACUGAACACAGGGACUUUUACUUCAGUUCAAUUUUAUAAAAAUGGAAAAAUGAUUCAAAAUGGGACUGAACCAGAGCUCAACAUCACUGCAGUGUCCAGGUCUGACCAAGGCUUUUAUAAAUGUGAGGGACAACGGAAACUACGGCCAACACCAAAGACUGUCAUAUCUCCAGAGAGUUGGAUGUCGGUUAAAAGUGCACCCAAAGGCGAGCGCUCUGCUCUUGCUGUGAUGUGGGUGGUUGGACCUGUGUGUGCAGUGGUUUUACUCACAUUACUGCUGCUUCUAUGGCGUUUUUUAAAGACUAAAGACUUGUGCUUUCUGAGGACCAAUCAGAGCUCUGCUGAAGAUCAUGUGACCAGCAAUGACCACACCUCCUCUCCAAAUGGCCAAAGCUCGUCCAGUGAGAAUGAAACAGGGGCGGGACAAGACGACCAGCAGCAACUGUACUCAUCUCUUCUCCAUGGCGACGUUUGUGUGUAUGAAACUAUCAAAGACAAAAGAAACAGGGAUGAUGAACAGCUUGGGGACUACAGCAAUUUACCGCUCAGGUCUGUCCAAACGACCUGAGCUGAGAUGAAAGAGUUUUUCUGGACAACAACUAAAACAC